AGGUAAAUGAUAUGACUAGUGAAAUCUGUGAAUCCGCCAAUCAAUUUCAAACAGAGUUACAAGACAAGGACUGUACAUCGACACAUUGCUUGGUGAGCAUAUGUUUAUAAAAUCCUCUCCGGAAUAUCAUAUAAAAUGCAGUACAGCUCUCCGCGUGAAAAGGGAGUGAAGUGGGUUCGAUUCCUCGACCCAGGAAGUGUGAAACCUAUUUGAAGACUACCCACAUAGACUUUCAGCCUUAAAAAAGGUAAAAGUAAGAUCAGCAGGAGGAGAGGGAAUAUCACAUAUGUGUAGGAUUUUGAUUUGAUUUUACUUGACGGUGAUUAUUUGAAAAGUGCGGGUGAGCACAUGCCUAAGAUUCCCUCACACAUAUUAAUCAAAUUGGCCUCCAAACCAAUUCAAAAAGUCUUCUGUAGGUGCCAGGGGACCAUCCGGUGGAUCAGAUGGGGCCAUUGGUUGAGCCCACUAUGGAUAUUCAAUCCUAGUUUGAAUAUGAAGCUUUAUAGUUGAUACUCAACCAUGUUCGUCAGAGCCUGAAUGACCUUCAAAAAUAUGAUAAUCAAUUCCACAAUUUUCGGUAACCCAUCUGAACUUUGUUGGUUGUUAGGCUGCAAUUAUCUCCAUAGGCCAGAGUCAUCUAAUCUGAUUAUCGAUCAUACGUGCAAUGGCAUUUACAGCCCAAGCUGAGGCAAUAGUAAAUUCCUAGGUUUUGUUGUUUCUUCAAAGAUUUGUUUUUUGUAUUAGCAUUUUGAAAAUCUUAUUCUACAUGGGUUCUGGUUUUCAGAGCUCCUCCAGGGCCAACAAUGUGUCAAAGAGAAGCUCCAUUAGUUCUAAAAGUACUUUGAGCUCAGGGAGCUCCAAAAGCGUAUCGAAUUCAGACAGCCCAUAUGCUGGAUACCACUACCUUAGGCUGGCUCAUUCCCUUCAUAUGUCUGGAAAGAAGAACGAUGUUAAAGCCAUGGACUAUGCAUUGAAAGCAGUUGAUUUCUUUGAAAAAAGGAGCAAUGCAAAAGCAAUGCCUGAGCUUGUAAUGGGACUCCAUCUCUUGGCUGCCGCUAAGUGUAGGCUUGGCCACUAUGAAGAAGUCAUUCAAAUAUUGAAGAAGUCGUUAGCAAUGUACACCCCUGAGAUGGGCUCUGAGCAUACAUUUGGAGCAUUUGCAGGGCAUAUGCAGCUUGGUGAUACUUAUUCUAUGUUGGGUCAAUAUGAGGACGCAUUACAGUCUUAUCAUGCAGGCCUUAAAAUUCAGAAGCAGUUUCUAGGAGAUAUGGAUUGCAGAGUUGCCCAUUCAUGUCUAUACAUUGCAGAGUCUCACCUGCAGGCCAUGCAGUUUAAAGAAGCAGAGGAGUUAUGUGAGCAAGCUUUGAAGAUUCACAUUGAACAAUGUGGUAUAGAUUCAGAAGAAGUGAUUUCUGAUAGAAAGCUAAUGGUGCUUGCUCUUACUGGAAAGGGAAACCAUGAGAAAGCAUUAGAAAAUCUAUUUCUAGCCAGAGAAACACUUUUAGUCAACAGAAAGGAUGUUGAGGUUGCAAACGUAGAUGCUAGCAUUGGGGACACUUAUCUUGCUUUGGGUCUCUACGAUGAAGCAGGAGCUGCCUACCAGAAAGCUCUUCCAUUUUUUGAGUGGGUACAUGGUAAAGACAGCAUAAUUGUAGCUGCGUUAUCUUUAAGCCUUGCCGAGGUUUGUUUGAAAAAAGGAACAAUCAGGGAAUCAAAGAGUUACUGUGAAAAUGCACUAAGGAUUUAUGCCAGGGUAAAAGUUGGCCAGUUCCCUGAUGAAAUUGCAUCUGGCUUGACAGAAGUUGCAGGGUUGUUUGAGUCGAUGGGAGAAUAUGAACAUUCACUUCGCUUGUUUCAACAAGCCCUUGAAAUUCUGGAGAAAAUUCCUGGACAGCAGAGUGAAGUAGCUGCCAUUGAAGCACAGAUAGGGGUUUUGUUCCACGUGAUUGGAAAAUAUGAGGAAGCUUACAUGGCCUUGAAGAGUGCAGUGUGCAAGUUUAGAUGUGGGAUACACAGAAAGACUUGGUUCUUGGGAAUGCUUCUCAAUCUGAUGGGUCUUGCUUGUCUGGGCCUUGAUGCUCUAUGGGAUGCAACUGAAAUUUUUGAAGAAGCAAAGAGCAUUUUAGAUGAAGUGUGUGGCCCUCACCAUGCAGAUAGUUUGGCUAUCAGUAGCAACCUUGCAGGAGCAUAUGAUGCAUUGGGCAGGACAGACGAUGCGAUAAGUUUGUUGGAACAGAUUCUUGAUGUGAAUGAGGGCAGGCUGGGCACAUUGCACCCAGAUGUGGAAGGUGACAGACAAAGGCUUAAGGAAUUGCUGAAUGAAUCAGGCAGAUCUCGCACCAAGAAAACCAAUUCACUCCGAGACCUUCUAUUGUCAUCAAGAGCACAGUCUUCCAGGUUUCAGUUUAAAGGAAUAGCUUAAGCCAGCCUCCUCUAUGCAUGCUUGCUAAACAAGAGUAUAUGGAUUAUUAAGUGUGAACCUAAUCAAGACUGCAUAAUAUUCUUUGGAUAGAGUUUUCAACCUUUAAGAAGUUUGAAGGAAAUAUCUAGCAGGCAAUGUGUUCUGACUUUUAAAUAGCAGCACCCUGCAUGUAUAUCCAGGCCUCCCAAUGUGUAGUAGGGUGGUCGUUCAUGUAUUCUAAAGUGUUAAUAUAACUAAACAAAACCUAGUUCUACCAUUUAGCUGUUUGCGGAUUCAAUUGUGUAUUUUUUUGCAUCAACGUUUUGGAUCACACACUAUGAUCCAUCAGCAGAAUGAUAGGGAGUGUCACGAGACGUAUAAUUAUAAAUUGAUAUUGUAUUCCUUCCUAAGGAUUGCGAUCACCCUGGUGCAGACCUGAUGGGUGUUGGGUAUUAGUAGUGUUUUAGUGUGCUAGGGUACUCCUGUUCUGUGCUUGUCAGAAAAUCUGACCAUGACCAACAUGUAAAUAAUAAGAGUUUGGUGAGUGACAACUUUUUUAUAAAAGAAUGUUGAUAUUGAAGUACAA